AUGGUCAGUCCCAAGGUCCAGAAAGUGUUUGAAAGAGUUCGCCAGUCAGCUGAUUUCAUGCCAACGCGUCAAAUGUACUCCGUAAUAAACGAAGACCUCGGCCCAGACUGGAAGAGUAAGGUCGCCAGCUUCGAGGAGAAACCGUUUGCAGCCGCUAGCAUCGGCGAAGUUCAUCGGGCAGUGCUGCAUGAUGGAACCACUGUGGCGAUGAAGAUCCAGUACCCCGGUAUCAGCAAGAGCAUUGACACUGAUGUGGCCAACAUUAUGCUCGUUCUAAAACGUUUUGAGCUCCUCCCACGUGGCAUGUUUGCUGAGGAGGCCAUCAAGGUGGCAAAGCGGGAGCUGCACUGGGAGUGCGACUACAUCCGGGAGGCUGCCUAUGCCACACACUUUAAGAAAUUGCUGGCAGACGAGAAGGCUUUUGUGGUGCCGCGGGUCAUUCCGGAACUUUCCUCUCAUCGAGUAUACACGACGGAGUACUUCGAUGGGCUCGUUCUGGACGACUGUGCAGCCUUGUCUCAAGAGGUCCGAAACUGGGUAAGUAUUCGAGUUGUUGUUGUUGUUGCGUUGACACCCACUUUCUGCGGUCAGUGUCAGGAACCAACGCUCACUGAGAUGACUUCGUACACAAAUGGACUGCAAUGGUAG